AUGUUAUCACGAGAAGAUUUAUUCGGAGAUAUUAAACCAAAUGGAAUAUUUAUAUCAGUGCAAGAUGAUUGGGUUUAUUUAACAGCAAUAUGGAAAGAACACGAAGUGACUUAUGACGAUGCUACGGGGUUGAUCAGACAAUAUAAGAGACCUUUACUUUCAAUAUUACGUAAUCGUUAUGCUCCGAAGAAUAAUUGGGAAUUUCUUUAUAGUCAUCGACUUGAUGGUCCUAUAACACAUAUAUCGAGCUUCUAUUAUAACGAUGGAUCAAUAUCAACAGCAGAUACGGAUUAUAACGAAAAUAAUGCAUUGGCAAUUUUGUAUCAAAUACAUGGAAAAGAGGAAAUUAAAUUCGUAAUGAGAUUAUAUCAUAUAGGUCAUUAUGAAAUACCUGAAACUAUUGAAUUAGGUGAAUGUCAAAAACUUUCAUCAAACACCUGUCAUAUUUCACCAUCCUUUAAAUAUCAGGACAUAACAUUGCCAGGAACGACUAUUAUUAAAUCAUUUCAUGUGGAUGGUUCAAUUAUAUUAUAUUCAAGGAAUCCAGACGAUGCCAAAUUUAGAACAAUAUUAAUACCUAAAAAUGUGUUUGACAUUCCAAAGAGUCAGAUCAGUGCAUUAACAUUUAAAACUAGUGAUCCAGGACCAAUACAAAGAAUUGGUCCAUUAAAACCUGUUUGGAGAAAAAUAUCAAUUUUUCGACGCGUUUACGCUGUGCCAGGAGUGAUUCGAGUUUUAAAUGUUGAAGUGACAGCAAAUGAUGAAGUUUGGACAUUUCAAGUAACAGUCAUUCAUAACUCAUCUUCAAUUCAUAACUCCUCGUCAACAUCUGAGGAAUCAGACAUGAGUCCUUUUCGUUGGCGUUCUAAGACAUUAAUUGGGUAUACGCCAUCAUCACCAAAGAAACUCGAGUAUGAACAAUUUGAUUUUGCGCGUGGGAUUGCUCUUAUUCCACCAAUUGCUGUUCCAAAACCUGUUGUAGUUACAGCAAAAAAUACGACAACAAUCUGUGUCGCUUUGAAUAAUAUUCUAUUCACGUUCGAUUAUAGCAAUACAACAGCAGCGGAUUCCAAUCCACAAGGUACAAAUUCAACUGAAGCAUUUAUAGUUAGAAGUGAGUAUCUUCCUUUACUUGAAGAACGACAAUUCCAGAUCGUAGGAACUGAAAUCAAUGCUAAUGGCAAUUUAUUGGCGUUGGUGACUCUGGAUAAUUAUAUUUUAAUUUAUAAAAGAGGAGGUGCUGAUAUAAAUGACCCAUCAUCAUCUCGAAUGAAGAAAGGUUUGUUUGCAAGGUUCAUUGGUGUUGAAAACAAACCAAACCUUAUAAACAAACAAACUGAAGACAAUUGGGAAUUAAGAAUGGUUCUUCAAUCAUCAUAUUUGGAUUCUCUUAGCCGAUCUGGUUUAGAUGUUAUAGCCGUAAAGAUAUUAAAUGUCUCUAGAAUACAGAGUAAUGGAAAUAUAUUAUUAAAUUUGUACGAUAAUGGAGAUAUUGCAACGUUUGAUUUGGAUAAGACAGAACAAGAAAUGAAGUUUUGGUUCAUUAUUAGAAAACAAUGGAAAAUGUAUCUUGGUUUACAAGUUCACGAUAUAUAUUCAUACCAAGAUGAAACUAUCUUGAUUCAUUUGAUUCAUUCUGGUCAAGAAAAUUGCUCUAUUCCAGCUUUGCAUUUUCGAUUUUUACAUAGUAAUAAAACAUUAACUACGAUUAAUGUUUCAGCUACGGAAAUACCAGCGUUUAAUUUUUGUGAAAUUAUGAUUGAGGGGGUCAUGUACUAUUAUAUUAACAUUCAUCCUUUAUUGGAAAAUUAUAUUUUCGCAACCUAUGUGAAUUCAAGCAGUCCUGAUGACGCGAGUGUUUAUGGACUUUUGGUUAAUUGGAAUGGAGAUUUGAUUAGGUUGGGUCAUCAUUCUUGUGAACCUAUUUAUUUUGUUUUGCUAACUUUCUUAACAUUUGUAAUUAGCAAUACGUACUUGAGUAAGGCUACGGUGAAUAAAGAAGGAAUUGUACAACCUCCUGGGAAACUUUAUCUUUCGAGGCAAUUGGCAAAUGUUGGGUUUUUAUACGUAGAUAUCCAAGAAAACACCGGAGACGUUAUUUGGCAUCACUUUACUAGACCUUUAAAUAGUAACUUAAGUAUAUCUAGAAUGAAGUCUGGAAUAAUUGAGAAUUCUGGCAUCGUAAAUGCGAGAACUUCGGGAUUCCUAAAUACGGAAGGAAAUUAUUGUUUGGUCGUAACAAGAUUUUCUAGUGGAAGCAAAGAAUCAACUUUGCGCGUAGAAACAAUCUUAAUCUCUACUAAAGAUAGCCGAACAUCCCCAUCUUAUUUGAUGUAUUCAAGUGAUGAAAUGACUUUUUCGGAUAUUAUUACUUUGAAUUGUAAUAUUGAUUUUAGUGGAAUUGAAAAUGUUUGUCAAAUUUUCAUUUCUAAAGGGAAUGACACUUUUAUUUUGAAAUUGACUUUUUUAACAUCCGGAUAUUUAAAAAAUAUCGAAACUAAAUCGGCGAAUUACGUUGAUGGUUUAAAUGAUUUGAAGGUGAAUCCGUUGCUUUUCGGAGGGUAUCUCUUGACAGCAAACGCCCGCAACCAAACUGGAAACUUAAUUUAUGGUUUCAUUCUCAAUUCUACUGAAGAUAUUCAAAACUAUUGGCCUCUACCACAACCAUUUCUCGUAAAUUCCAAAGGACAACCUUAUACUAUCCUUCCGGAUAACAAAGUUGCUGCUACAUUGCCAAAAAUAAACGGAACAAUUACGAUGAGAACUUCUCAUAUCCUUAUACAAUACAAAAAAUCCGUCCUACUCUCUGAUGGAUAUGUUGGCAUUUUUGUACAUUCCGGCCCUUUAUCAAAAGACCUAAAAAAUUUACGACAAAUCUAUUCUGGUCAAUCAGGAUAUUGUAUUUUAAGCGAAAAUCGUAAAACAGUCACGAUUAAAACUUUUGAAAGUACGUUUAAUCAACCUCUAACUGAUUAUUUUGUGACGAUUGAUAAUAAUUUUGUAAGACUUGAUGAAACCGGUGAAGCUAUAAAGGGAAUUCAAACAAAUAUAUGGGCUUUUAAGACGGAACAAAUCGUUCCAGAAAUUUUUGCCGAAUCUACAAUGGCAAUAUAUAGAUUGACUGUCGGCGGAUCAAUACUUUACGAAUCUCUAAAUUCAAAAGAAAAGAUAAAAUUUGUUAAUGAACUUGGCAAUGAAUUGGCAAAAUCCUUACCUGUGGCAUCGACACGAUUAGUUCCCAAAUAUCGGUAUCAACGUGAUCCAACAUCAAAAGAACUACAAGUUAUUUUGCCUUUAGAAAUAAUUUCAACAACGAAUACUUCAGAUAUGAAUGUAUUCAAUAUUAUUAAGGAUUUGAAUUCUCUAAUAAUACAUCGAGAUAUGGGACCAUUGGCAUUCAUGGAAUAUACUCGUUUAUUAGACGAUAAUUAUGGGCUUAUUCAAGUUGUCGCAUUACUAUGUUUUAUUGAACAACGUAAAAAUCCAAAGGCUGAAACAGCAGCAGCGUUUAAAUUCUUUAUCGGAUUUGUGAAUUAUAUCUUAUUUAUCAUUUUCACGAUAAAAUAUUCAAAGGCAGUUGGAAAUCAUCCAAGUUUAAGUGCCAAGUUUUCUAAAAGUAUGCACAAAUGGAUAUUUUGGGUUGGAUUACUUGCGUUAAUUAAAAAAGAAAUUCCUCAAUUUAUCAUUAUGUUAAUAUAUUAUCAAAGGUCAUUAAACCUUGACCUAAUUCCGUACCUUUCUCUAUUAAUAACAUUUAUCAUAGUCGUAUUUAAUGCUGGAUGGAGAUUGAAUCAAUUAAUUAACUUCCUAUUAAAGUCACGAAGUUCAAGUAACAGAAGAGGAUCACAGCCUGAAUUCUUUCAUAAAAAUGACAAUGAAAAUGCUGGAUACGAAACUGAUAGAGAAGAUAAUGUUCAAGAUACAAAAAAACGCAAUAAAUUAGCCAUACCACCUAGUGAAGUAAUUUUUGAAAGUGAUAAUUUCGGUACAGAUGAUGAAGAACCAAAAGACAUACCGUUGGAAAGAACAAUUUAUGAUGAUGACAAUGAUUUGUUAUUAUCAGUUAUAAGAAAAGAUUAUGACGUUGAAAUUUAUUGUGGUGAAGGGGAAGACGUUAAAGUAUUCUUCGGUCAUUCAUUGUUACUUUGUGCUAGGUCAAUGUAUUUUAGACCAUCGUUAGAUGGUACUAAACUCGUCAUUUACUUACCUAUCCACCCGGAUGUUUUCAAAAUUUUCUUGGAUGCCUUUUAUUGUGGUAAAUUGAUAAUCGGAAAUAAAUAUAUGAAUGGAAUUGGAGUUUUAUUGGCGGCAGAAUUUUUACGUUUGGAUAAUUUAAUUAAUCCGUUGCAACAACAAUAUAAAAAAAAAACGAGAUGGUUAAAAAAUAAUCUUUCAAUCAUAUUUCCGCUAGUAUAUCAACAUCCAAAGCUAACCACCCUCAAGGAAGUAUACUUAUCACUCAUUUCUUCGAAUCCAAUGUUAAUCUUUUCAAUUAAUAAUAUUAGAGAUGAUAUUUUAUAUGACAUACUUGGAAUGAAUGAAUUGAAAUGUGAAGAAUCAGAAUGUUGGGAUUAUAUUAUUGAAUUGGGAAUGUUAAACCAUCCAACUUUAUUCACAAAGGAAUUUAAACUACAUCUGAGGGAAAGAAUUCAAACAGGCAGAACAAUUAAGUUGAAUGAUGUACAAGUAGAGGCUUUACGACAUAAUUUACAUCAUCUUCUCACGAGGAUUAGGUUUGACCACAUGUCGUCAAAGAUGUUUUAUUUUAAAGUAGGACCAUUCUCAAAAAUUUUACCGGAUAAUUUAUAUAAAAAUUUAAUACGGUAUCAUUUCGAACCAAAUGAGAAACCAAAUUUUCCAAUAUCGGAAGUUAUAAGAAGGGGACCUAUACAAUCAAACAUCAUAACAUCGAAACAUGCGGCGAUUAUAACGGAUUGGAUUGAGGCUAGUGAUUUGGAUUAUUUUAAAAGAAAUCCUGAAGAAUUAACUGAUAGAGUAGAAUUUAAACUGCUUUAUGAUAGUGAAUCAGACGGGUUAACUUCUAAAGCAUUUCAUUCAAGAUGUGAUAGGUUCGCCUCCACAGUAGUUAUAAUAAAAUAUGAUAAUGAUAUCAUUGUUGGUGGCUACAAUCCCGCAUAUUGGAAAUCAGAAUCCAAAAAUACUUCUUUUUGGAUGCAAUCAGGAAAAUCUUUUAUCUUCUCUUUUGGUAAGAACCAUGAAACAAUUCUUAGUAAAUUUAAUCAUGAUGGAAAUAGAGAAUUAUUUAUUUCACCAAAUCUUGGUCCAAUAUUUGGUGAAAGUGAUUUAGGGUUGAUUUUUAAAAGAGGUUGGAUGAACCGAAAUAUUUGUCAAUGCAUUUGUAAGAAAAAAAAUUAUACGAGAUCGAUCUUACCCUUAGAAUUGGAACAAAGAACGGAUUGGUCUAUAACAAAAUUCGAAGUAUUUCAAAUCAUUAAUAUAAAUCCCAAUAGUUCUAAUUGUUUAAAUCAAAAUUCCAUCAAAUUGGUACCUCUAGAUAACUUAACAAAUUUCAUCAAGUUACAAUUACCUAUCGAUAAGAUCAGACAAGAAAUAUUGUUGGAUCGGGAUGGUGACAUGACUUUCUUUCGUGUAAGGGAAGGAGGACAGGAGGAUUCGAAUUUGGACUAUGAAGGGCAAAUGUUGGACGACAAGACGACGGUGAAGCGAAAGGUGGAAAGAGAAUUGGAAAGUUUACAAGUGAAAAAGAAACAGAAAUGUGAUAAAAUUAAUUCACAUAUUAGGUUGGAAAAAAUUAAAAUAGAAUCUUCUAAAGGACGAGAGCAAUCAGAUUGUGAAGUUUCUGAAUCUGAAUAA